UUUGGGGAAAAUAUUUGUUUUUAUUUUUCAUUUCCAUUUAUACAAAUCGGUUUACUAUAAAUGGUACAAUAGUCUCCAGUUUUAAAUAUUAAUAACGCGACUCAGUUUCUGAAUACGGUUUAGUAACAGAUCACCCUGUUUAAUUGUGGCCUGAUAUUGCCAGUUCUUGUUGUCGGGGCGAUUGGUUUCGACGAUGCCGCCGACUCGGUCCACCUUUGCAUGCAGUCGUCCAGCAGCAAUGAAUCGUGACAGUUCUUGGUCUAUAUAGUCUACAUCCACUCCGAAUGCCUCAGCCAUGUAUUGCAAUGUUAACGAACGAUAGGACUCAAGCAGCUGCGUGUAUGCUAGAAUGCGCAUUUCGCGUACAUAAAAGCGAUAGUGCGGAUUUGCUAGGUAGUCACCACGUAAUACUAAUUCUACAUCAGCCAAGUGUUUGAAGAAUUCGGCAUAAUGACAGUUGUAUAGAGCAAAGAGAUAUUCUUUUACAUCUGGAAGGCCAUGAAGUACCUCCUGAAUUUCUGCGCCUCUGACAACUUUGUCACGCAAUUCAUUACGUGGUAAAGAAAUCAUUGCUACGUAAACAGUAUAGCGAACAAAAGUUGGAUAAUCCAUCAGCUCAUAGGAUGUGAAUGUGCUUACAGUAUCCAAGAAAAAAUUUGCAGCUGCUUUAAAAUCACGCACUGCGACCGAGUAUAUUCCUUGAUAUACUUUUAAUCGAUUACGACGAUCCCAAUCGCCACCUUCUUCAAUAAGAUACUUUGCCUUAUCAAUAUUGCGUGUUAUUAAAUCAUGGUCCAAGUAGAAGAGACCAAGUCGGAUAAGGUGAAAUAUUAUAUCUAAACGAUGUCCAAGCGAAACCGUUUUUUCAUAUGUUUUACGGAAGGCAGUUUCGGCAGCAGUUUUGUCACCAAUUCGACACAAAUAUUCAGACUUUUUCAAAUUUGCUUCGCGCACCUCCAUUUCACCCAAAUUUUUUUCGGCAUCUUCUAUAGCGUCAUCUAAUUUAGUUAACUCUAUACGGUUUUGUUCACGCAUACGAGCAAGCAGAUCUUUGUCAACUGGCCAAUUAAGCUCAACACAAAUAUGCUCAUACCAAGGAGCCAUAUUGUCAACGCGAACUGCUUCUAGUAAUUUUUCUUUUAAGGCAGCAUCUUGUUUAUGCUCCGGUAAUGACAACAGAAACUUAUACUGUGCUAAUUCGAGUUUUGGGUUCUUUUCCAAACCUUCUUCUUCCAAGUUUUCGACAGGCAUUUUUAUUUAGCAAUAACUAAUAUAUAGAAAUUACAAUUCACAAAUGUACUCGCCAAUAUCACACUAAAAUAAUUUUUUUGUUGUUCAAGCCGCAAAGUCAUGCACAGCAAAGUUGGUUGCGGUUGUUUGGAAGCGUUCAUGUUGCAUUCAUCAUUAAAUCGUUUUUGAAUUUAUUUAAAAUUGUAGCAUUUUAAAUAUUUUUCAUAUUAAAGGUACUUUGGAUAAAUUUUUGUGUAAGAAAUAGGCUUAAUCUAAGAUUAGUGUACUAUGAAAUAAUAUUGAAGAAAAAGUAAUAUUUGCCAAAAUGCAACUAUGCGCUGUAGGACGAAUUUGAUGACAGUUGUGAAGAGUAUUGAAAAGAGGGUGUUGAUCGAUAAUCGCAUAAAAGUGAAAAAUUAAUAAACUUAUCUUCAGUUGGGCGUAUUGUGUUAAUUGAUUGUAUUAAAUAAAUAAGAAAGUUCUUUACUAGAAAUGAUUGGUGGAUUAUUUGUAUAUAACCACAAGGGUGAGGUAUUAAUUAGCCGUGUAUAUCGAGAUGAUAUUGGUCGUAAUGCAGUGGAUGCUUUUCGUGUCAACGUCAUCCAUGCAAGGCAGCAAGUGCGUUCCCCGGUGACAAACAUCGCACGGACCAGCUUUUUUCAUAUUAAGCGUGCUAAUAUCUGGCUGGCUGCAGUCACAAAGCAAAAUGUGAAUGCAGCAAUGGUAUUUGAAUUCCUAUUGAAAAUUAUAGAAGUGAUGCAGUCAUACUUUGGUAAAAUUUCUGAAGAAAAUAUUAAGAACAACUUUGUUCUAAUAUAUGAACUGCUCGACGAGAUUCUUGACUUUGGCUAUCCGCAGAACACGGACUCGGGCACGCUGAAGACGUUCAUCACGCAACAGGGUAUCAAAUCGGCUACUAAGGAGGAACAAAUGCAAAUCACCUCACAAGUGACCGGUCAGAUCGGCUGGAGACGUGAAGGAAUAAAAUACCGUCGCAAUGAACUUUUCCUCGACGUGUUGGAGUACGUGAAUCUGCUUAUGAGUCCUCAGGGGCAAGUGCUCUCUGCCCAUGUAGCUGGAAAGGUCGUUAUGAAGUCUUAUCUUUCAGGUAUGCCUGAAUGUAAGUUUGGUAUCAACGAUAAAAUAGUUAUGGAAUCCAAAGGCCGUGGCAUCGGUGGUAACUCUGAAGCUGAAACUUCACGUUCUGGUAAACCUGUUGUUGUCAUCGAUGACUGUCAGUUUCAUCAAUGCGUUAAAUUGAGCAAAUUCGAGACAGAACACUCCAUUAGUUUUAUACCACCUGAUGGAGAAUUCGAGCUCAUGCGCUAUCGUACCACAAAAGAUAUUUCAUUACCAUUCCGGGUUAUUCCACUUGUACGUGAAGUUGGCCGAACUAAAAUGGAAGUAAAAGUAGUACUCAAAUCGAAUUUCAAACCCUCGCUACUGGGUCAAAAAAUUGAAGUAAAAAUUCCCACACCGCUGAAUACUUCCGGUGUACAAUUGAUUUGUUUGAAGGGCAAAGCUAAAUAUAAAGCCUCUGAUAAUGCAAUUGUUUGGAAGAUCAAGCGUAUGGCGGGAAUGAAGGAAACCCAACUCUCAGCUGAAAUCGAAUUAUUAGAAACAGAUACAAAGAAAAAAUGGACACGCCCACCCAUUUCAAUGAAUUUCGAAGUACCAUUCGCGCCCUCUGGCUUUAAAGUACGCUAUUUAAAAGUCUUCGAACCAAAGCUCAAUUACUCUGACCACGAUGUAGUAAAAUGGGUACGCUACAUUGGUCGCAGUGGGCUUUAUGAAACUCGCUGUUAAACAGAUCAUUGAUACAGUCGGGCAGAAGAAAAAUGAAUUUUCCGAUUGGUAUUCGCAAUCAAAUUGUACACAUUAUAUUCCACAAUAGUUCUUUAAUAUAUAUUCAUCAUUACCUACAUAAAUAUAUGCAUAUUAUUAUUUAAUCACAACUGCUAUUAUAUGUAUGUAUAUUUCUCAACUUUUUAGCUUUUAUUAUUAAAAUUUUUAUUUUUUAUUAUCAACGCUAACUGUUUAAGUGUUUCUUUAUUACGAACAAUUUUGUAAAUGCAGGACUGAAAAUUUCUUAUUUUGUUUAUCCACUUCAACAUAAAUGAAACUAUUUAUGAAAAGCCGAACAGGAUAUGCUCUACAAAAGAAUACUGUUGAAAGACAAUGUAUGCCAAUAGUAAAAUCGAAUAACUAUUUAAAUUUUAAGAUCAUAAAGUGAAAGUGGAGCAUUAAAAAUUUGUGCUGGCACAACAACUCAAAUAUAUGUAUUACCUGUAUUAGUUCAUUUGUGUAAAUUCGCAAAUAAUUGUCUAAACUGCUAAUUUUUCUGUUGUAUAAGUAUAAACAUAUAUGUAGGAUAAUAAAAUCAUUCAAGUACACAAAUCUCGAACAUAUAGAAAUAUUAUAAUUAUGUUAAAAGUGUUGAAUUGAUAGUUAUGACAAAUAAAUAUUAAAUAUUAUUCAAAAAUA